UUUUCUUUCCUCUACACUUUAUUUAAUGCCCUUGAGCUGCUUCCUUGCCUGUUAAAAAAAGAAAAAGAGAGCCGAAACGUUUCCUCCCAACCAUCACCAACACAGAGGGACUGACAACACGAAGCCCAUCGCCACAUAUUUUCCUUAUUUUUACGUUCCCUGCCGCCUCACACCCCCAUUUUAGAGGCCCUGCGGCUUCUCACGGGCUUAACGACACUUUCUCCACCCAAGACACCAAGAAGCAGUGUGAAAUAAGGGUGUAAUCGGGUGAAAUACUGGCGCUGAGGAGGUCGAGCAGAGGGGGGGCGGGGCAGUGACGGGGCUCUCUUGCAUCACCUUGGACGCCUUUUCUGCCGCCUUGUUGGACGCCUCUUUAAAGCCUUGCACCACCUUGUUCAGCCUUGCAUCAGCCCGGCCAGCCCUACCUCAGCCUGACGCCGCCAAGAGGGAGUGUGAUGCCUGUCCUGGACCUGUCUCUAAGGUCAAGCAGUUUGGUGUUUCUUCUGAGCCUUAUGUCAGUGUGCUCCCUAGGGUGUGAAAGAACAAUAUUACCACCAAUACCAUUAUUAGCCUGUAUAUGAACAACGUGCUUAAGUGAGAAAUUAAUUUGCACAGAUCCUCGACACAGUGGUACACCCCCAGUGACCAUCUAUCUUUUAGUACAAAGUAAAGUUAAUGAGCUUGUAAAUAAAGGAGUUCGCUUUCAAGUGCAACAAAACAAGUACAUUACACAUCAAGAUGGCAGAACAAGUCAGUCAAGAACCAUCCUUACCAUUAUCACCAGAAAUGACAAACCCAUCCAGUCCAGAGCUGGAGCCCCCACAGGGUAACUUCGUCAUUCUCAAGAGCAUGCUAGUGAGUCCAAGUGAUGACGUGUUUGACCAGCUACGGCAACACCUCCAAGAAAAAAUAUGUGAUGGCAACGGCGAAACCUUAUUUGACGUCGGAGUUGGAGCCGACGACUGUGGGUAUGGACUCCCUGAGGAUGAAUACGAGGCAUCUGUGGCCACCCUCAGGUCUCUGGCAGACACCCUCGAGGCAGACUGUGUGCUGCUGAGAGAAAAGAAGUCCAAGGCUGGAACUCAGGGACAGUUUUUGGUUCGUCGGAAAGCAGAUUCUCAGGAUUUCAUGGAAGUUAGAGUGGCUGUUGUGGGCAAUGUAGACGCAGGCAAGUCCACUUUGCUGGGUGUCCUGACUCACGGGGAACUGGACAAUGGCCGCGGCACUGCUCGGAUGAAGCUGUUCAGGCACAAACAUGAGAUGGAGACCGGCCGCACCUCAUCUGUUGGGAACGACAUCCUUGGGUUCGACAGUCAAGGCAAGGUGGUGAACAAGCCAGACCACGGCCACUUGGACUGGGUGAAAAUCUGUGAGGCAUCCAGCAAAGUCAUCACCUUCAUCGACCUGGCUGGCCACGAGCGCUACCUCAAGACCACUGUUUUCGGCAUGACGGGGCACCUACCAGACUUCACAAUGCUCAUGGUGGGAGCUAAUGCCGGUGUGGUGGGGAUGACCAAGGAGCACUUGGGGCUGGCGCUGGCCCUCAACGUGCCUGUGUUUGUCAUCGUCACCAAGAUUGACAUGUGCCCACCAAACGUGCUGCAGGACACCCUCAAGCUGCUGCACAAGAUCCUCAAGAGCGCUGGCUGCAGGAAGGUGCCUCUGCUUGUGAGGAACCCCGAGGAUGUGGUUGUGUCUGCAACUAAUUUUGUGUCAGAGAGGCUAUGUCCAAUUUUCCAAGUGUCCAAUGUGUCAGGGGAAAAUCUGGACCUCCUCACAAUGUUCCUGAAUCUCCUGUCCUCACGAACACCCCAGAACGACAAUGACCCGGCACAGUUCCAGAUUGAUGACACGUACCAAGUUCCUGGUGUUGGGGUUGUGGUGUCCGGUACAUGCCUGAAGGGAGUCAUCAGGGUCAAUGACACACUGCUUCUUGGCCCUAAUGGUCUUGGUGACUUCAUCCCGAUGCCCAUCAAGUCCAUUCACCGCAAGCGAAUGCCAGUGCGGGAAGUGCGGGGCGGCCAAACAGCCUCUUUUGCCCUCAAGAAGAUCAAGGUCCAUGACGUACGCAAAGGGCAGGUCUUGGUGGAUCCCUCGCUGAACCCGACAUCCUGCUGGGAAUUCAAGGGAGAAAUCUUGGUGCUGCAUCACCCUACGACCAUCAGCACCAAGUACCAGGCCAUGGUGCACGUGGGCUCGGUGCGUCAGACAGCCUCGAUAAUUGCAAUGGACAAGGAAUGCCUCAGGACAGGGGACAAGGCCAUCGUCCAUUUCAGAUUCAUCAAGCAUCCAGAAUACCUGAAGAAUGGGCUCAAAAUGGUGUUCCGCGAGGGGCGCACCAAGGCCGUGGGGCGGGUCUUGGAGGUGAUCCCCAAAAUCGCCUCCCUCCAGCACCAAAAGAAUCAUAAAAUUAUGAAGAUGGUUAAACAGAGUGUUGGUGGGGAGGAUGGCACGCAGGCUGGAGGUGGUGGAGAGGGGGGCAGCCAGCACAACCAGGCGGGAGGAGCAUUCAGUGGCACCAAGAAGCAGCGCAGCCGCCGAGGAGGCAAACACAGAUCUCGAGGAAACAACCCUGCAUCCAACAGCAACCCUGAGCCCUCGAGCCCCCACAAACAAGAAACAGCAGGAGGCACCUCGCCACCACCUGCCCAAGACCCUCCAGCAGUCCUAAGUCGACCAGAAAACAUCUCGGCCCAGCCAGCAGUAGCCGCUCAAGUAUCUGUAUAACAGUUUUGUGCUAGCCAGGUGCAGCAAGACUUCCUGUAGUUUUUUCACAUUGUUACCUUCCUACAAUCUAGUGAAAUACCCUCAGAAACAUGCUGUGGCUUUCAGGUUCAAGACAUGUUAGUGAGGUCAAACAAUGACCUUAUUCUCAGAAAGAGCAGCAGGAACAAUGACAGGAUGGACAGAGUUGCUUUCUGCUGCUGAGAUCCUCUGCAUGAGGCAGAAAAUUGAGAUAAGAUAUAUAAUGGAAAACAUCUUGAUAUAUCCUUGUGAUUGUUCAUCGGUUGAACAAUGUUCAAUUUUUUCAACAUAUUGUUGAUUUUAAAGUGUUGUAGAAAUGAUUAUUGAUUGGGCAUCUUCUACAUUUUUCUUCACAGGUGAAGACUUGGAUCUUGCAGGAACACCUAAGUACUGGUGACUGACAGUAUUUUUUUAGAGGACAAUGAUGUUCAACAAAUUCAGCAAAAAUAGGUAUAACUCUCUGAUGUAGGUAUGUGUGUUCAUGAUUUAUUGCCUGGAUGAUAAAAAAAUUCAUAUUUCCAGAAUGUCAUGAAAUUGGAUUUCAUCACAUUAAAUCCUGAUCACAUUGUCAGCAACUUAGAAAAUAUAAGUAAGCUGCAUGCUUCUAGGAAUGCCUCCACCGUACUGUCUCCCUCCUUGUGAAGCAAGAUAUGUACACUUUUGUGGGAGCAUUUGUUAUCCCAGAAACUCAAGUGGUCCACUGCUAUGAACAUAUCAACUAGAAAGCAAAGACACACAGCCUAAAUAAACUACCACCUUUAACUUUAAAUGCUCAUGUUUUAAGUUUGCCAUCAUUCUUGGAGACCCAUCUGACAAAACCCCUUUGCUGUGUGCAGUACUGUUAUGCCUACAUCAGUGACUUCCAUACCUACCAAAGGGAGCCCUCCGUUGGUUGAAGAAAAUAAAUCCAUUCAGCAUGGUAGCUAACUAGACAGUAGACAGUCUAGGUCUCAGACUUAUCAGUAACAUUUUCCCCAUUUAAAUGUUUAAAUGUAUUGUACACACACAAAAAGAUAAUAUCAUAGGGAGACAGCUGUGCUUCAAAGUUUUUCAUCUUUAAUAGACUGUCAUCCAAAAAUAACAUUUCAAGUAAGGAAUGUUAAUGAACUGAUUGACAUAUUUCCCUGCACCCAUUCAUAUUCCCCCUUCAGUACUUAAGUAUAUUUUUUAUCUAGGUACUAAGAUGUGUCUAAUGUUUCUAGUAUUUUCAGGAAAAAAAAUAUAAGGAAGUGAUUUGGGGCAGCAAAUAAAUGAUAAUUAGAUUUAAUUGGGAGCUUUAGUUUUGAGCAAUGUUUAGUGAUCCUUCUUGGAGGGUGAUGAGUAAAUAAAAAGGCAAAAUUACAUCUUGAAUAUUCAAAACCUUCAAAUUGCUCUAAGAAACAAAAAGAUAGUUGGAAGCUGUAACAAAAUUGGUUUUCACACCAUAGUGCUAAAGAGAGCUCCCAAACAUUACUCACAUCAUCAUAUAAUUAAGAGCAAAUUAUUGCAAGUGUUUGUCACUGGAAAAGGAAUAGCUAGCUCACUGAAGGUAGUAUUAUUGAGGAAGGGUCUUUGUUUAGAUCUCUCCUCCAAUUUCCAAGCUAAGCCAUAGUGUGUAGGUUAUGAGAUACUUUGACCUGUAUUCACUCGCAAGAUGUCUUGGGAUCCUCCGGGCCACUCCCUCACAAGUCCAAAGCAGAUUCUCUUAGUCACGAGCAGGUUUGUGCAAAGUUAGCAGUGUUUACUACAAGAAAUGUUUAGAUUAUUUGUUAGUAAUGCAGUGUGGCAAGACAUUUACAGUUGUCUGGAGUUUUUGAAGCAAAUGGGUGUUUCAGUGAUGUGGCAUAUGUGAUGAUAGUCAACAUGUGUGCUCUGCUCUACAGUUCAUUUUCUGCAUACCAGCUUGUAGGUGUGUUCCAUUUAUUUUGAUGGAAGAUUUUUGCUAGUUGAGGCAGUAAUGUUUAAUAGAAUGUUUCUAUUUCCUUAAGCUUCAAAAAUAUCAAGUAAUUUUCUUUUUACACCUGUAACACUUUACUGUUGAUGUGUUCUGUUAGUGGUGAGGUCUGUUUUGUAUCACUCAGUAGGAUUUCAAAAGAUGUUAGUGCUGAAACUACCGGUAAGGUUAAAAAUAACUUAGCACUAAUAUAGAGCUGUGUAGAGGUAUCUCAGUUAUGGCUUCAUAUUUUUCAAAUUACAUAUGUAGUAUAUACCACAUAGAUAGCCAGAAUAGCAUUAAGUAGUUUUCUUUAUUGAUAUGGACAUAAUGAGUGAUUUUUUUAUGGGUACCAGUAGGUAGCCAGUCUGGUGUAUUAACUGCAGUCAUAGAUUACUUUGUGAACCAGUUAUGAUGACCAGUCAGCAGUAUAAGACAUGAUAAUCUUUUGCUCUGAUCUAGAAAGGUAUUUUUUGUUGUUUUCACACCUUUGAACCAUUUACUAAAGACUUGUAAAAACCUCAGCCGAUGGUUGUGUAAUGUUGCAACAAAGCAUAAAUACUUAAAGCCUGUGAUAUUA